UGGUCCUAUAAAAUUGACUUAAUAACUGAGAUACUGAACACAGUAAAACCAGACAUUUUUGUCUUACAGUUUAAUGUAACUGUAUCCUACAGCAACAUUCUGAAAACUCAAGCAGAUGUUCUUUAAAUAAAUUGUUUCAUGAAAUGUACUGCUCUUUUCUUUUGGUUCAGCUAUAGAGACUUUACAAACUCCAAUGGCUGGCAGAAAGAAAACAACUACCCUGUUGACUAAAGCAUACAUUGUUAGUUCAAAAGCAAUAAUAACAAGAGAUAUUAAGGCCAUAAUCAGGUGAAAAUUUACUCCUCUUUGAACUUCCACAGCUGAACUGCAAGGACAGUGUGAAAAUGUUGUGAUGAUGUUGAAAGCUCAGUCUUUCUAAGGGAUGAGGUGAUGCAGUGAUGCACUGAUCCCAAACCAAAGCCAGCCUGCUGUCUCAGAAGCAAGGUGAUUCUGAGUGCUCCUCUGACUACAGACAUGAGUGGGUUCUUUAUGCAGAAUUUGAAGGGCUUCUUUCGCUACCACAAAAGCAAAGGAGACUCGAUUUUCUCAAUAUUAUCAGGAUACUGUGUUACAGCAAGGCAGUAUAUACAAGCCUAAUCUAACAAAAGCACAAGUGAAAAGAUUCCUCCUGAUUUCAGUGGCCUCCACUAAUUUAUUAAGGAAACAAUUACCUUUAAAUUCACGUACCCUGGGUAAAGGGAACAUAAUACUGACAGCAGUUCCCUCGACUGAGGAGCUUUAUUUCCAUACCAGCUUAGAACAACUAUUUUAUAGUAAGAAAUUCAGGAAUAGAGUUUUAACAGCAGAAGUGAGACCACACAUAGGGCGCAUGAACACGUAGAUUAAGAUGUCUUUACAUACUGCAUAUGAACACAAGGAGGCUGUGUUUAAAUUCCCAGUGUGGUGGUUCACAUGGUGCUCUGAGGGGGAACACGUGGCUGUAGUGUUCAAGAAAUUGCUUCACCUGCACAUCCUCGUUGUUUUUGUGAUGCAGUGUUUCCAGUACGCUUAUGUUUAACAGUUUCCCUCUCUCUCUCUCUCUGGUUGCAGUGAAUAAGCUGUCAUUUGGCAAAAUAACAGUGAGUUACGUUCACUUCAUUAUUUAUUGAGAUGCAUUUUUGCUUCAGGGAUAUUUUAUAUUUGGUGACUGAUAGAUUUAGUUUUCAGCUGUAAGAAACCUGUUCAGGAAUGUCUCUGAGUCACAUGUGUGCGAUGUAGGAGUGUAAUUCUAACAUGGCAUUAAUAUAAAAAUAGAGAAUGUCACUGGAUAGAUCUGUCACCAUAAGUGUAAAAUAAUGUUAAGUACAUUGCCAUCAGGCACAAAGGCUGCCCCUGGCAAGCUGCUGGAAACGUGGCAAGAAACAAGCAUCUGUUAAACUCUGAAUUCUUUUAAUGAAGGCACUUCAUAAAAGUAUUGGUAUUUGCUUUCUACUUGAGAGAUGAAUAGAAAUGACUUGCUUGAGUUCAUCAGGAAUGCAUGUUAUAAAUGAGGUAUCAAACACCUGCAUCUGUGCUCAUUUUGUAGUCAUACCUAUUUUAGUGAAGCUAUUCAUAGUUGGAGCCUUUCUAUAAAGGAGAUCUGGGUGCUUUUUUUUUUUGUAAACACAGGAAUUCAAAUGAAGAACUGAAAUUCUCUUUUAAAUUCUCCACGUAAUACAAGUGUUGGAUGGUAAAUUUAUUUUUUUAUCUUCUGAAAGUAAUUUAUGAGAAAAAGUUCAGAAAGCUCUUAAGACCCUGAAAUUCUGUUCUUUAGAAAUAAUUCAGACUGUCUGGGGGAGUUUGUGUAAUCAUCAGAAUCAGACAUCACUUAUGUGUUUGGCAAAUUGUUACCAUUUUUUUUUUCCCAUUUUGAUUUGAUUAAUUAGACCACAAUGAAGACACUGAAAUAAAAUGGACUGCUUACUUCUUCCUUUGUUUGAAAAAUAAACAUUUGGUUUGAGAUCAUGUUUUUCCACUUGAGUGCAUGAGAAUAUACUUCUGUGAGCUUUGAUUUUUAAAGAUUUAUUUGCAAAGCGUUCAACAUGUUUCUGGUCAGCUUUCAUUAUUUGAAUUUCUGAUUUUUUACUAAUCUAUACUAUUUCAACCAUGUUCAUAUUCUUUGGAAGUAAUUACUGAAAUAUACUAUUCAGAAGCUUUCAACUGCUUUGCCAUCUGUUAAUAGAGAGGUAAACUUGACAAAUCUGUGAGAAAAAAAGUUCCCUAGCAAUUUUGAAUCUUUCCACCUCAAUACACAACUUGUACAGUCAUUAAAGAGUUCUGUAACAUAACCACGUGAAAUUAUGAGAAGAGAUGGGGUGAAAGUAUUACAAAGUGAUGACAGCUGAUUCCUAAUUUCAUCAUUCAUUAUAUUUCCAGUCUCUAUGAACAGCUUGAGAUAAGCUGAUUUUUGUGGUUGGUAUGUUCAUGGUUAACACAAUGAUAUUUCUUGAGACAUAUGUACUUUGCAAAGUAUUUAAACCAGGGGAAGAGCCUGUCUGAACUACAUAAAAUAAGGAUAAUUUAGGACAUACUGAACUCAUGUGAAAAUCCCCUUUUCCUUCUGCAUAAGGAAUGAGGCAUGAGUCAAAGCAGGAAAACAAGUUUGACACUGCUCCAUUUUCAGGAUCACUGAAUAAAAUGGAGAAAGAUGCAAUGAAUGGAGGAAAAGCCCCUCACUACAAAUCAAAGUUCAGGUUGUUUACCUUUUUGUCUAACCUGAGAGUCAGGCUAAAUUAACACUGUAGUUUCAAGAUCCAGAAAAGAAGAAAAGGAAAAGCCUCACAAGUGUCCUUGACAAGCCACAGAGUGUGUUGGGAUGCCAUGGCAGCAACUUUUGACAUUUGGAUUGGAGCCAGACCCUUCAGCUGUGUUGCCUCUGUUGCAUGUCUCAUGCAGCAAGUUUAACCAGUGACAGCAUCAGUAGCAGUGAAUUAAACCAUGAUUAUGUCUUUGUGACACCCGUCAAAGUGGAUGCCAGUGGAUCAUACAUUUCACACAAUGUUUUGCACAGUACUAGGAAAAAGAGAUCAACUCACAGUUCAAGGAGUUCCUUGCACUACAAAUUUUCAGCAUUUGGACAGGAGCUUCACUUAGAACUUAAGCCUUCAACCAUUUUAAGCAACAGUUUUGUUGUCCAGGUACUUGGGAAAGAUGGAGUCUCAAAUUCUCAGGAACAUGAAAUUGAGCAGUGUUUCUACCAGGGAUUUAUAAGGAACGAUAGUACCUCGUCAGUAGCAAUAUCUACAUGUGUAGGCUUGUCAGGUUUGAUAAGGACACGGAAGAUCGAAUUCCUUAUAUCUCCAUUACCUCAGCAGCUGGCGCAGGAGCACAACUACACAUCACCUGCUGGGCACCAUCCUCAUGUCUUAUAUAAACGAACAGCUGAAGAAAAGGUGCACCGGUACACAGUAGAGUCCAAUCCCAAAUCCUUUUCUCUUGGCCAUCAUAGAACUCACAUUUACCACAAGUAUCACGCGCAAGCAAAUGGUUACCAUCAUGGAAGGUUUCAAAAGCAACAUUUUUGUGGACGUCGCAAGAAAUAUGCACCUAAGCCACCCACAGAAGAGACAUAUAUUCGUUCAGAUGAAUAUGGGACUUCUGCUAGGUUCAGGAGAUCAUCUGCUAAAAUUCAGAAAAAUGGAAGUCUAAAUGUUGAAACUCUUGUUGUGGCAGAUAAAAAAAUGGUGGAGAAACAUGGCAAGGAAAAUGUAACAACAUAUAUUUUAACAGUUAUGAAUAUGGUUUCUAGUCUGUUUAAAGAUGGAACAAUUGGAAGUGACAUAAACAUUAUCGUUGUGAGCCUCCUCCUUUUGGAACAAGAGCCUGGUGGAUUACUGAUUAACCACCAUGCGGACCAGUCACUGAAUAGCUUUUGUCAAUGGCAAUCUGCUCUAGUUGGGAAGAAUGGAAAGCGCCACGACCAUGCCAUCUUGCUUACAGGUUUUGAUAUCUGCUCCUGGAAAAAUGAGCCCUGUGAUACUUUAGGAUUUGCACCUAUCAGUGGUAUGUGCAGCAAAUACCGUAGCUGUACCAUUAAUGAAGAUACAGGCCUUGGACUGGCUUUUACAAUUGCUCAUGAAUCUGGACACAACUUUGGUAUGAUUCAUGAUGGAGAAGGAAAUCCUUGUAGAAAAGCUGAGGGAAAUAUUAUGUCUCCCACACUCACAGGAAACAAUGGAGUGUUUUCUUGGUCUGUAUGCAGCAGGCAGUAUCUCAACAAAUUUCUCAGUACAGCUCAAGCUGCCUGCCUGAUUGAUGAACCUAAGCAAACUGGACAGUAUAAAUACCCUGACAAACUGCCAGGGCAGAUGUAUGAUGCUGACACCCAGUGCAAAUGGCAAUUUGGAAUAAGAGCAAAAGUGUGCAACCUCAGCUUUGUAAAGGAUAUUUGCAAAUCUCUCUGGUGCCAUAAAGUGGGUCACAGAUGUGAAACAAAAUUCAUGCCAGCAGCAGAAGGAACAGCUUGUGGUAUAAAUAUGGUACCACUAACUCUGAUGGGAUAUUUUUUGGCAUUCUUUUGGCAGUGGUGUCGAAGAGGACAGUGUGUCAAAUAUGGUGAUCAUGGACCCAAGCCUGUAAAUGGCCACUGGUCUGCCUGGUCUGAGUGGUCACAGUGUACUCGGACUUGUGGAAGUGGGGUCACAUAUCAAGAAAGACACUGCAACAAUCCAAAGCCACAGUAUGGUGGCAAAUUCUGCCAAGGUUCCAGUCGUAUUUAUGAACUUUGCAAUAAUCAGCCAUGUCCAGCAAAUAGUUUGGACUUCCGUGCCCAGCAGUGUGCAGAAUACAACAGCAAACCUUUCCGGGGAUGGUACUACAAAUGGAAACCAUAUACUAAAGUGGAAGAGGAAGAUAGAUGUAAAUUGUACUGCACAGCUGAAGACUUUGACUUCUUCUUUGCAAUGUCCAGCAAAGUGAAGGAUGGAACCUUGUGUUCUCCUAAUAAUUACGACGUUUGCAUUGAUGGAAUUUGUGAACAAGUAGGGUGUGAUCAUGGACUUGGUUCCAAAGCUGUACUGGAUGCUUGUGGAGUUUGUAAAGGAGAUAAUUCAACAUGCAAGUUCUUUAAAGGCCAAUACUUGAUCCAGCACAAAGCUAAUGACUACUAUGCUGUGGUCACUGUCCCAGCAGGAGCACGCAGCAUUCACCUCCAUGAAAUGCAGAUCUCCACCAGCUACCUCGCAGUGCGCAAUCUCAGUAAAAAGUAUUAUCUAACAGGAGACUGGACAAUUGACUGGCCAGGAAAGUUUCCUUUUGCUGGAACAGUUUUUGAUUAUCAGCGCUCAUUUAACCAUCCAGAGAGUCUAUAUGCAGCUGGACCAACUAAUGAGACGCUGGUCUUUGAAAUCCUGCUACAAGGCAAAAAUCCUGGGAUUGCUUGGGAAUACACAUUUUCCAAAAUGAACGAGAACAAGACAUCUGUCAAAAAGCACAGCCACUCCUGGGUGACAGUGCAGUCAGAGUGCUCAGCUACCUGUGGUGGGGGACACAUUACAGCAAAAGCAAUUUGUUUGGAAGAUCAUCGUACACGAGUUAAUUCCUCUUUUUGUGGUCCACGGAUGAAGCCUUUAAUUGAAACAAAACUAUGCAAUACUAAUCCUUGCCCAGCACACUGGUCAGCAGGUGAAUGGAGUGCAUGCAGCAAAUCUUGUGGAGGAGGGCAACAAAGUCGUCUCAUCCAGUGUGUCCAGAAAAAGGCUUUCCAAAGGGAGGAGGUAGUGGCCCAUUCCCUGUGUCCUGUUAGCACCCCUACACAAGUGCAGAUAUGCAAUAGUCAAGAAUGCCCACCUGAAUGGAGCCCUGGACAAUGGUCUCAGUGCUCCAAGACUUGUGGGAGAGGUGUUAAGAAGCGGGAUGUCUACUGCACAAGUACUACUUCUCCCAAGCUUAAAAUCUUGCCUGAAAGUAUGUGCAGCCAAGACCAUAAACCUGAAUCCCAGCAGACCUGUGUGCUAGGACGCUGCCCCAAAAAUGACCGGCUCCAGUGGGUGAUUGCUUCCUGGAGUGAGUGCUCAGCCUCCUGUGGCCCAGGUGUACGCAAGCGAGAACUAAAAUGUGGUGAGAAAAGCAUCCAUGGGAAAUUAAUUACCUUUCCUCAGAGAAGAUGUAGAAACAUCAAAAAACCAAACAUAGACCUGGAAGAAGCUUGUAACAAUGGACCUUGUCCAUCCCAAACUUUGUACAACAUGGUGUCUGGCUGGUAUUCCUCACCCUGGCAGCAGUGUACAGUAACAUGUGGUGGGGGAGUGCAAACCCGGAGCGUGCAGUGCCUACGCCAAGGGAGACCAGCCUCUGGUUGCCUGCCCCAUCAGAAACCAGCAAUCCUGAGAGCCUGCAAUACUAACUUUUGCCCAGCCCCUUCAAAAAGAGAUGAUCCUUCUUGCGUGGAUUUCUUCAGCUGGUGUCAUCUGGUACCCCAGCACGGUGUCUGUAACCACAAAUUCUAUGGCAAGCAAUGUUGUAAAUCAUGCACAAAGAAGAACUGAUAGCAGCAUGUUAUCUGAACCCUUCACUGGCAAAAUUUUCUUCUUCAAUUUAUGUUGAAAUUAACUUUGCUUUGAGCCAAGACAUGGUGCCAUGUAAACCACUGAUGGAAGAGACAUUUUUUUAAGGGAAUGUCUGAGGUACAGUAAUUGUUGGAUAUAUGUUGAAAAAUGAAUGUUGUUUUUUUUUUUUUUAUUUGCUGACCUCACUAAAGUACAGGGUACUGUGGAUCACUUGAACACUCAGACUCAAGGGGCAGUUCUUUCCUUACAAGUGUCACUUUGCACUGUCACGUUAUGAGGAAGAAAAUCAGGCAAGGAUGCCUUUUGUGGCUAAUUUAGCAGAAUGCAAAGCAAAAGAGAUUGGGAUCUCAAGGAAUAAGGUUACAGCAUGGCAGCAUGACAGAUCACAGAAUCAGAAGUGUCUCCUUUUUUUAUCUUUUAUGAUAAUAUCAUCCCAGGGCAAGGAAGCUGUUUACUGCCAUUUUCACAGAAAGACUUUCAAAUGACUGUUUGGAGAACCCAGUGUCACACGUGUGACCACGAGAAGUAAAUAGUGCACUACAAAGAUAUAUGGUGCUUCUCUAUUGUACUUGCUGCUGGAAAAGCAAGUUUUGCAUCAUGCUUAUGUUUUUGUUCUGAAGAAUUCAUUUUCUGCUUUGUCUAGAAACUCAGAGGUGGUUAACUAGUAACUUGAAAUGUAUUCCUAGAAAUAUUCAGUGUUAGAAUAUUUGGACUUUUAACAUUGCUGUGUUACAAGUAAAAUAGAAUUUCAUAUUUCAACUAACUCAAGGAACUCAGAUUUAUUGAGCUCAAUGUUAUGUUUUCAACUUUCUAAGCUCAUAAGAUAUGUAAAUUUAAAAUUUAAGCUUGAUAUAUUAAAGUAGAUUUUUUUCAGAAGCUAGGUUGUUUAAAUGCCAAGAUACUGAAGAAUGUCUUCCUUUUAAUCUCAAAUCUCUGCAAAUUUUGUUUCAUCAGUUGCCCAAAUGAAAGAACAGAAAUAUUAUAGUCCAUUAAUUCAUGCCAAACUUCUCUAAAGUUAUAUUAAAGUUAUAUUUUCAUACAGGUGACAAGAAAAAAUUGCAAAUACUAAGCAGACUAUUUUCUCUGACCAAAUAAAAAUCAUUUCUAUUUUUAUACACUCUCUUAAUACUUACAUUUAAUUCAGAAUCCACCGGCAAACAAAACAAAUGUAAACAAUAUUUAUCAUCAUUCCAUACCAAGAUGUUAUGUGACACUGUACAUCAAAUGGUACAGCUUAAAAAGUUUCUGAAUUUAAAAAAAUUCAACCCAACAUAUUUGCCAAACCCGUUCUGAGACAGAGCUGUGUUCUACUGUAAUUUUCUGGGGAGUGGCUAUAAGGGACAUAUUUAUCUAAUUCCACCCAAUCCCACAACUUCUUUUGAUGAAUGUAGCUGCAUUUUACUGUUUUUUUUUAAGUAUCAAUUCAGCAUAAGAUUAGCCAGCUCAGCACUAAUGCCAGACAGUGGUCACUUAAAAUUAUCAGUUCCUUUUGCAACAAUUUAAAUUAAAAACAUGUAUUCUAUGAUACUGUAAGAAAUGAUGAUUGGAAACAUAUCUCAAUCUACACUGCUCUGUCUUGAUAUUCGACAUUGUAUAAUUAUGAAUUCUUUUCUAGGAAAACAACAAGGUUUUUUUCUGUUUUGUUUUGUUUUUAUAAUUGUGUCCUUUUUAUUAUUUGAUGUAAAAAAAUUAAUUUAUUAAUGCAUAGCUUUUCCUUUAUAUUUCUUUGCUCACUUCCUUAAGUGAAAACUGAGAAAAGAAAAUGGCAGUGUCACAAAAUAUGACUUAUGAUAUAA